UGGAGCUGAUCUGCUGCCUGCAAUCCAACAUGGAGUAGAGAGAGAUGGGGCUCUAGCGGGGCCACCCCUCGGUAACAACAGCGACGACGCGCUUUUUACGCACAACUGGAACCGGAGUCGUCGGUGAAAAACAUGCGCCUUAGGACUUAAAAACCGGAGUGUGUGCCUUGUGUGUCCGUGUGUGUGCGUGUGUUUGGGGAAGGGGGGGGGGGUGCGAAGAGAAGAGCUGGAUUCGGCUACUAAACUGUCUCUAUAGGCUACGGUUCCUAUACUGAAGGCGAUGGGGGGGUUAAAGUUAUAGCAAAAGGGGCAUUUGCGAUCCCGGAGAAAGUGAGUGUCUUCGGGGAGAAAAGUGAGAAAAAAGGAGACGGAGGAUCAGCGGGUUGAAGAGCCGACACUCGCACAAAGGCGCAGGGGGGAUUUAUGCGGAAUUGGAGACAGAAUCGGAGGUGAAAUAAUGACGAGCGAAAAGUAUGCAAUCGCCUUGGUACAUUACCUGAGGUGAAACGAGAAAAUGAUAGAAGAAACACACCCAAACGAUGACAGCUACAUCGUGCGUGUGAAAGCGGUGGUGAUGACGCGGGACGACUCGAGCGGAGGCUGGCUGGCCGAGGGCCCCGACGCUCUGAGCAGGGUGGGGGUGUGCCGCCUCUUGCCGCCUGAGCUGGGGCUGCUGCCGACCUCCAGCAGCUCCCAGUUCCUCAUCCGGGGGGAGCGGCUGCGGGACAAACAGGUGAUCCUGGACUGCCCUCUGAGGAAGGACCUUGUGUACACCAUAGCUACGCCCACGUUCCACCAUUGGAAGGUGGAGGACAUGAAGUGUGGGCUCUCCUUUCAGAGUCCAGCUGAGGCCAGAGCGUUCGACAGAGGCGUACGGAAAGCCAUCGAGGACCUGGCUGAAGGCUCCACCACCUCCUCUACAGCACUCCAGAACGAGGGCGAGCUGGGUGACGACGACGUAUUCACCAACACCACAGACAGCUCAUCCAACUCCUCCCAGAAACUAGAGAGCUCUCUGCCGCCGCUCGAGUCCUCGCCCCUUCCGCAGAGACACAAGGGUAUGCUGGGACAUCGCCACGACCUCCAUGACCCCUACCGGCUCACAGACCACUACUUCAUGGACCAGCCGCUGUCUCGGAUUCCCCGUCAUGUCACCUUCCAGGAAGAUGAGGAAAUUGUCCGCAUCAACCCACGGGAGCGCAGCUGGGAGCGAACCACCGAGCGCCACUAUGGACGCCCGUCGGACCGCCCCUCUUUCACGGGCUACGAGGACUACCGCCACGCCACCGUGCGUGACAAGUUCAUCCAAAUGGAAGACUCUGAGUCGUACGUCCACUUUGCAAAGACUGAGUCGCAGAAGCACGACUAUACCUAUCCCCUGGCCCCAGCCCUGUCGCCCUCAGACUCUGACCCCGCUCUCGGACCCUUGGUUAGUAAGGGCCAGGGCGGCUCGUACCGCCAGGGCUUCUCCUCGGUGGUCUCCGUCCAGCCCCGAUCCUUCCUUCCGAGCUCCUCGCCGUCCACCAAUGGCGGGAAGGGGCGGAAAGAGGACGGGUUGGAGCGUGCUCAGUGUGAGCAUUGCGGUGAGGCCUUUUACAUCUCCGACAAUCGGAGAGGCCGGUGCCAUGAUGCGCCGGACCCUGUGCAGGGGUGCAUCCGGAGGGUCAGCUGCAUGUGGCUGGCAGACACCAUGCUCUACCACUGCAUGUCCGACCCAGAAGGGGACUACUCGGACCCCUGCUCCUGUGACGGAGGCGAGGGCGUCAGUGGAGGCCGAUUUGGCUCUCGCUGGUUAGCUCUUCUCGGUUUAUCUCUUGUGGCGCCCUGCCUUUGUCUCUACCCGCCGCUCCACACGUGUCACCGGGCGGGGCUCAGGUGCGGCUGCUGCGGAGGCCGACACAAACCCCUGAGCUGAGGAGAAGAGAAGCGACAAGAACCUAAAACCCAACGCAAGCACAGGGAAAGGGAAGGACGGGGAUGGACACAGAGGGGACUAAGUGGCUGCUCACUCUCUUGCCUUGGUUUCUCUGGGAUUCUCUACAAAUUCCAGACACUGAAAUAAGCCAAAUACAAAAACAGUUGGUGCAUUUUCUGAACGGCCUGGGAAGAUAAGCUCCCCCUUACGGCAGACAGUUCUCUCAGCUCUCCACGUGGCCAUUUCAUGCUCUGUUUCUAGUGAGAGAGCACUCUUUUUCAGGGGGCCUUUUUUUUUUAUAGCUGACCUAUAUGUCAUGUAUCACAUAUGCAGGUACUUUAUACUUUGUACACUGACUCGGCGUCAAAGAACUUGAAUUGUUUCUUUGUUCUUUUUUUCUUUCUCCAUUGAUGUACGCGUGGCCAUUUUGUUUAUAUUCUAUUCCAAUAUCAGGCCCGCUCAACUCCAGCUACAAGAGAAUCAGACACUACACCUCUUUGCGUGUGUGUGAGAGUGUGUGUAUGUGUGUGUAUGUGUGUCUGUGUGUGUGGUUUAUGUGCGUGCUAACAAUGCGCACCGAGGCCUUUUGUUGUCUAUACUGCAGCUUAUAGUAAAGCUCAUGUAUAUAGUCUACAUAGCUCUCCACCAUCAACAUCUUCUUUGUUCGCUGAAACAAACGUGGUACUCAUCUUAAUCUUAUAAUAUCCCAAAGAUUCUUGUUUUAACCUAUUUAUUUCUCACUGAAUUGAUCUACCAGCAAAAAAGGGUGCUGGAUUGUGAUUCACUCAACUAAUGAGACGGUGCUUUAAAUCAUGCUACAAUACGCUAGCAUUCGUCUCCCUGCUCCUUAUUUCAAACAGUGCCUAAACUUUCACCUACACCAGUCUUAUAAUUCCAGUCAGUUUCUUGACACUUACACACAAAGCGGUGUCAGACUAUAAGGCUCUGAUUUCCUCAUCCUCCGCAGAAGUCAGCAUUCAAGGAUUAAAAAUAACAAUCAGACAUACCAUUAAACUUGGCGCCCUUUAUGCCUUAAAAUGUGGAGUCAUGCUCCAAAUUUCUCCCCCGUCCCCUGAAGAUGUGUGCUUUAAUGAAAAGCGUGAGCAUGGUUACGGCUCAAAGCAAUCAGCCUCAACACUUACUCUUUUUAAAUUGGUUUAAACUAUUUUUAUACUGAAAAGGAACUUUUUAAGAAGGUUCUGAUCAAGUGUGUAAACUAAGGACUCCAGUUUGCUUGCGGUGUACAAUCAACUCCCAUCUUUUAGCCUCGUCCUCCAAUGAAGCCCACCAGUCACAUCCUGUAUGAGUCACAGCAAAGUCCUAUCAUAUAUGAUGGUUGAUAAGAGACUAAAAACGGUCAUUAAAUGAUAAAUGUAAAUACAGUUCUCAAAACUCAUUACUAGUGAAAAUUAGUAUAAAACAUUUUUUCAUUGUUGCCUAAAACCAAAUUAUGAAUGACUUUAGGCCUCUAAAAUGUCACUACAGCAGUGUAGUGAGUUUUUAUUUUACACGGAUAUAUAAAGAGUCUCAUUGUUGAGUUGUAUGAAGAAUAAUUUAUAAUUUUAAGAAACACAACUCCUCACUUUCUUGCCAACAGUUUGAUGGAUACACUGUCUUGUCUCUGAGGCAGAAGGUGGUUAGCUUAGCUUAGCAUUAACAUUGAAACAGGUGUAAACGGCUAAUUUUGCUCUGUCCAAAGGUAAUAAAAUCCAUCUAUGGGUACAUAUACAGCUCACUAUUUAAUAAAUAUAUAAUAUACAAUAUAACUUGUUUGUUUUGGACGGACAAAAAAAGCUUUGCUAGCUGUUUCCCAGUAUUUAUGCUAAGCUAAGCUAAUCGGCUGCUCUUAUCCUACACUCAGUAAAAGAGCAAAUAAGAAUAUUUCCAAAAAAUGUUAAACUAUUCCACUUAGGUCAAAACAUGUUUUACUAAAUGUUUCAUUAAUAUAAGUGACCGCUUGCAGAGACCACCAUAAUAUGUAACUGGUGGGCUUAAAACUGACCCUCAUUUGGGCACUUUUGAUCCUCUUUUAAGAAUGACAAAGAAAGGAUUAGCAGGACAUCAGUAGGGUCCAAAAAACGGGAGUCCAAAAAACCAGCUGAAAUGCUGGAAACAAACAUCCACCCCUGAUUGUUUUGCCAAGGAAAUGUCACUUACUGUAGUUGAAAUACAGAAUGCCUGAGGAUGUCCUUUUUCCUUCCGUGGUUGUGUCUGUUUCAUACGUCCUGUCCUGUGUACCAGUAUGUACGUCCUUGGUGUGUGUGUGUGUGUGUGUGUGUGUGUGUUUCCCACAUCCCUUUCCCUUCUCCUGCUCCUUGAUCCAAAGCUACUGGGAUCAGCUGAAAAUGCCAUCACAUGCUAAGUUAACAUCUAUCCAGUACAAUCAGAUCCUAAGAUGAUGUGAUGUUUCAGGGACAGGACCAAUCAGAUUGGAAAGUGUGUGUGUGUGUGUGUGUGUGUGUGUGUGUGUGUGUGUGUGUGUGUGUGUGUGUGUGUGUGUGUGUGUGUGUGUGUGUGUGUGUGUGUGUGUGUGUGUGUGUGUGUGUGUGUGUGUGUGUGUGUGUGUGUGUGUGUGUGUGUGUGUGUGUGUGUGUGUGUGUGUGUGUGUGUGUGUGUGUGUGUGUUAAUCUUUUCUCUCUGUCUCGUCCGGUGUUUAAGUGUGUUCUCACAUGUCAGAGCCAUUUACAAGUGCCUGAACGCAUCCUCUUUAUGUCCUUGUAUUUAAAUUGAAAAAUUAAAGAAACAAACUCCCUGUUUUGAAUUUGACCCAUUUUUUACGCUUACUAUUUUUACCUCUGUAAAAAAAAAGAGCAAAAAUUAUAUUAUAUAUAUCAAGUGUAUGUUGUACAUUUUUAUUUCUAUUUGUUUUUUUUAAAUAACUGUUUCUAACAUGUACGAUGGAUGUAGCUCUUGCUUUGAGAAGGAACAGGAAGUACUUUGUAGAUACUGAAGGGUGGCCAGGUCUGUGAGAAAACUAAAGUGAAAUGUGUGUCCUACCUUCCGCCUCCAAUAAAAUCAGAGAAAACAGUGAAACCACA